AUGUCCGAUGCUAAUCCGUCUAUUUCUAACACACAUUCUACAAGAGACGGUAGUGAUUUUUCUCGAUCAAGCCAGGCGCCAUCAUUAAGCUCCUCUUCAAAUACUUCCACCACUACAACUACAGACUCUUCGUCAGCUUCUCCUUCCUCUUCCUCCCCCUCGGCAACGGAGUUAACCAGCAUUCGUCCCAUUGGAAUAGUUAUCGCUGCUUAUGAUUUCAAUUAUCCUAUUAAGAAAGAUAGUUCUUCGCAACAACUAUCUGUACAACAAGGAGAAACUAUUUACAUACUGAAUAAAAAUUCGUCUGGAUGGUGGGAUGGACUAGUCAUUGACGAUAGUAAUGGGAAGGUUAAUAGAGGCUGGUUUCCUCAAAACUUCGGAAGACCCUUAAGAGAUAGUCAUGCCAGAAAGCAUAGUCAUCCGAUGAAAAAAUAUAGUUCCAGCAAAAGCUCAAGACGAAGUAGCUUGAACAGCUUGGGUAAUAGUGCAUAUUUGCAUGUACCCAGAAAUUUGAGCAAAAGUAGAAGGGGAAGUUCCAACUUGUCAGCGUCUUUAGUAAAUCCCCAUAAUUUAGAAGCGAGUUCCGGCCACAAUAAUGUCGUAUCAAUGAAUAAUUCUAGUACGUUUUCCGCUCCAAAUGAUGCUUCCCAUGCAACCCCUGAAUCUUCUAACUUCAAUUCCAAUACCAGUUUUUCUCAGGAUAGAGCAAAUAGUGCAGACGGACUGUCUGAAACAAAUACAAACACGACUAUGAAUGAUAAAGAUAUCAAUAUUCUAACAUCUGACGAAAAAGCAGGCCUCACACCAACUCACGAAGUUCACGAAGACACUAUAAAAAUAUUACCAUUAGAAGAGAUAGAGAUGAUUAUAAAUGGAAUACACUCUAAUACUGCCUCCACUUGGUCCCCUAUACCGAUGAUAACGAAAACUUCUGAUUGCAGAUUGGUAUACUAUAAUAAAGAACUUGAUAUAUAUUGUUCAGAAUUACCCUUGAUUUCCAAUUCAAUUAUGGAUUCCGAUGAUAUUUGUGAUAAUGAACCAAAAUUUCCCCUUGAUGACCAUUUAAUUAACCUAUACACUAGAGAUCUGAGGAAAAAUGCGAACAUAGAGGAUAAUUCUACUAGAUCGAAACAAAUGGGAUAUAAUCAGAGCAAGCUCGGCCCUUCGAUAAAAGAGCAGGACUCAAAGCAACAGCCUGAUCAUAAAAAUGAUGAUGAUAAUGAUAAUGACGAAAACAAUAAAAACGAAUUCAACGAGGCUGGACCUUCAUCAUUAAAUUCAUUAUCUGCUCCCGACUUAACACAAAAUCAAUCAAGAACCUUUCCAAAUCGUUCUUCUAUAUUGGCCAAGAGUGAUAUAUUUUAUCAUUAUUCAAGAGACAUUAAAUUAUGGGCAGAGUUACGAGACUUGACAGUUUAUUAUAUCAUUACAGCCCACAAAAUGUUUCUUAAGAAGAAUCGUCUAAGCUUCACUAAAUACUUCGAUUUAAUAUCGGACUCGAUAGUUUUUACACAAUUGGGUUGUAGACUGAUGCAACAUGAAAUCAAAGCUAAAAGUUGCAGUAAAGAAAUCAAAAAGAUUUUUAAAGGUCUAAUCUCCUCAUUGUCGAGGAUAAGUAUUAAUUCUCACUUGUACUUUGAUUCAGCAUUCCACAAGAAGAAAAUGGAUACGAUGAAUGAUAAAGAUAACGAUGACCAGGAAAAUAAUGCUUCUAGAGAGGACGCAGAUGAAAACAAAAGUGAAGGAGGUAAUAUGCACGACCUUGUUUCAGUUCCUUUAUCUGGCAAACGUAAUGUCAGUACCAGUACAACGGAUACUUUAACACCAACGAGAUCAUCAUUUAGUACAGUCAAUGAAAAUGAUGUGGAGAACUUCUCGUCUUCGGGUCCAAGAAAUAGUGUCAAUUCUAUAGUAACUCCGAGGACCUCCUUAAAAAACUCUACCUUAGAGGAUUUCUCACCGUCCAAUAAAAACUUGAAGUCGAUAAAGUCAAUUUACGAAAUGGUUGACUUGGACUUUUCUAAAUUUCUGAGACAUGUUCAACUACUCUAUUUUGUGUUACAGAAUUCAGUUUUUUCAGAUGAUAAUACCUUACCACAAUUGCUCCCAAGAUUUUUCAAGGGGUCAUUUAGUGGUGGUUCCUGGACGAAUCCAUUUUCAACUUUUAUUACUGACGAAUUCGGUAAUGCAUCAAAAAAUAAGGCUGUUUCAUCGACCGAGGUGACUGCUUCAUCUUCCAAAAAUUCCUCAAUAUCGAGAAUCCCACCAAAGAUGGCGGAUGCCAUUGCUUCCGCAUCGGGCUAUAGUGCAAAUUCAGAGACAAACUCUCAAGCCGAUCCGAAAGCGAGCACGACUGUAUCUGGUUCAGUGUUUACACCUUUUAACCGUCCUUCCCAUAAUAGAACGUUUUCAAGAGCAAGAGUUUCAAAAAGAAAGACAAAAUAUCCAUUAACUGUGGACACUCUGAAUACAAUGAAGAGAAAAUCCUCCCAAAUCUUUGAGAAGUUAAACAAUGCUACAGGUGAGCACUUGAAGAUCAUAAGCAAGCCCAAAAGCAGAAUUAGAAAUUUGGAAAUAAAUUCAAGCACAUAUGAACAAAUAAAUCAGAACGUUUUAUUAUUGGAGAUACUGGAGAAUUUGGAUUUAUCAAUUUUCAUCAAUUUGAAAAACUUAAUCAAGACUCCAAGCAUUUUAUUGGAUUUGGAAAGUGAGGAGUUUUUAGUUCAUGCAAUGUCAUCAGUUUCCUCAGUAUUAACAGAAUUUUUUGACAUAAAACAGGCAUUUCAUGACAUCGUCAUUAGAUUAAUAAUGACUACACAACAAACAACCUUGGAUGAUCCCUACUUAUUUUCCUCUAUGAGAUCAAAUUUCUCUGUCGGACACCACGAACCUUUUAAGAACAUUGCAAAUACUUCCUUGGUCAAGGGACCUCUUCAUAAAAAAAAUGAACAGUUGGCGCUCUCAUUAUUCCAUGUACUAGUAAGUCAAGAUGUAGAGUUCAAUAACCUUGAGUUUUUAAACAAUUCCGACGAUUUUAAGGAUGCGUGUGAAAAAUAUGUCGAGAUUUCCAAUCUUGCCUGUAUUAUAGUUGAUCAGCUGAUUGAAGAAAGAGAGAAUUUACUGAACUAUGCCGCAAGAAUGAUGAAGAAUAACCUUACUGCAGAACUACUGAAAGGCGAGCAAGAAAAAUGGUUUGAUAUCUAUUCUGAAGAUUACAGUGAUGAAGAAUCUGAAAAUGAUGAGGCUAUUAUCGACGAUGAAUUAGGAUCCGAGGAAUAUACUGAACGUAAGGCUGCGAACAUAGAGAAAAAUCUUCCAUGGUUUUUAACCUCGGACUAUGAAAGCAGUCUUGUGUACGACUCUAGGGGAAAGAUUCGCGGAGGGACAAAAGAGGCAUUGAUUGAACAUUUGACCAGUCAUGAGCUUGUGGAUGCAGGUUUCAACGUUACUAUGCUGAUAACUUUUAGGAGUAUAUUAACUGCAAGGGAGUUUUUUUAUGCCCUCAUUUACAGGUAUAAUUUAUACCCUCCCGAAGGAUUAAGCUACGAUGAUUACAACAUUUGGAUAGAAAAGAAAUCAAAUCCAAUCAAAUGCCGUGUGGUCAACAUUAUGAGGACAUUUUUGACUCAAUAUUGGACGAGAAAUUAUUACGAGCCUGGUAUACCUCUGAUCUUAAAUUUCGCCAAGAUGGUUGUAUCUGAGAAGAUACCGGGGGCAGAAGAUCUCCUGCAAAGGAUAAACGAAAAACUAAUAAAUGAAAAUGACAAAGAGGCAGUGGACUUUAAGCAACAGGAUGUAUUGCCAGUAGCCGUUCCAACGGCGAAACGUGACAACAAAUCGCCGAUACAUCUGUCUUCGUCCGCUUUGCCAUCUUCUGCCUCUUCCGCAUUUUUUAGAUUAAAAAAAUUGAAGCUUUUGGAUAUUGAUCCGUAUACAUAUGCUACACAAUUGACUGUACUUGAACAUGACCUGUACCUUAGAAUCACAAUGUUCGAAUGCUUAGAUAGGGCGUGGGGUACAAAAUACUGUAAUAUGGGUGGUUCUCAAAACAUUACGAAAUUUAUAGCAAAUGCUAACACACUGACCAACUUUGUCUCUCAUACGAUUGUAAAACAGACAGAUGUUAAAACACGUUCCAGAUUAACGCAGUAUUUUGUCACCGUUGCGCAACACUGUAAGGAGCUGAAUAAUUUUUCUUCAAUGACCGCCAUCGUUUCUGCCUUGUAUUCCUCUCCAAUCUAUAGAUUGAAAAAGACAUGGGAUUUAGUUUCCACGGAAUCGAAACACCUUUUAAAGAAUUUGAACAACCUUAUGGAUUCCAAGAGGAAUUUUGUAAAGUAUAGGGAGCUGUUGCGGUCGGUAACAGAUGUCGCAUGUGUCCCCUUUUUUGGCGUAUACCUAUCCGAUUUAACGUUUACAUUUGUUGGAAACCCGGAUUUUCUCCAUAAUUCAACCAACAUAAUAAAUUUUAGCAAGAGGACUAAGAUUGCUAAUAUUGUAGAGGAAAUAAUCAGCUUUAAAAGAUUUCACUAUAAACUGAAACGACUGGAUGAUAUUCAGACCGUUAUAGAGGCAUCCUUGGAAAAUGUUCCGCACAUUGAAAAGCAGUAUCAGUUAUCAUUGCAGAUGGAACCUAGAUCAGGAAAUACAAAAGGUAGCACACAUUCUGCCACAGCAAGUGGUACCAAAACCGCAAAAUUUCUAAGCGAAUUUACGGAUGAUAAAAAUGGCAGCUUCUUGAAACUCGGCAAGAAGAAACCUCCUUCCAGAUUAUUUCGAUAA